UCGACCGACCACUGCUUUUCCACGAACAGCAGCCUUUUCCAACUUUGCCAACUGAAGAUGAGCGAAGAAGAAAAGACAGAAAAAUCAGGAUGGCGGGUGUGGGUGCAGCCUAGUCGAAUUCCGUCGCGAGGCGUGCUGGGGAUUCUUAGCUUCUUUGGCUUCUUCACCAACUACAUGCUGCGAGUGAACUUGAACAUCGCGAUUGUGUCGAUGACUGGCGGAACGAACGUCUUGAGCAGCGCGUCGUUUAACAAGACGGUGGUGCUGAGCGAGUGCGUGGCCAACGCGAGCGGCAAACACGCUGCACCCGGGGCCGACUUCCAGGAGGCCGAGUUCGAUUGGGACUCAGGACAGCAGGCAAUGGUUUUGGGCUCGUUUUACUGGAGCUACGUGGUCACUAUGGUGCCGGGUGGCUUAGUUGCUGAAAAGUACGGAGGGAAGCUAGUCUACGGUGGUGGAAAUCUGGUACUCUGUUUGAUGUGUCUGCUCGUUCCGGUCGCGGCCAGAUUCCACAUCUCCGUCCUUAUUCUCGUCCGUCUCAUCCAAGGCAUGGCAGCGGGAGUAACAUGGCCUGCAAUGCACGUGAUGGCGAGUCAGUGGUUCCCACCGCACGAAAGGAGCAAAUUUGUCUCUACCUAUAUGGGCAAUUCUGUUGGUAUCGCGGUGACGUAUCCCUUAUGUGGUGUUUUGAUCGACUCUUUCGGCUGGGAGUCAGCGUUUUAUGUACCUGGACUAAUGUGUCUACUUUGGUGCGUGUGGUGGUGGUUUUGCGCCUUUGAUUCGCCAGCAAAACACCCACGAAUCUGCAAAAAGGAGCUGGCCUACCUCGAGCAGAACGUGGUCAUUUCCAAAAGAAAACUGAAAUUGCCGCUGAAGUCCAUUCUGAAGUCGGUUCCGUUUUGGGCGCUGGUCGUGGCAAACGUUGGAACAAUAUGGGCUUUCAUGACUAUAAUCACUUAUGGACCGACAUAUCUCAAAACGGUGCACGGCCUAAGCAUCAGAGAGAAUGGUUUGCUGUCCGGACUUCCUAACUUGAGCAGGUUUAUUGGAUCGCUGUUUUUCUCUUGGGUCAUCGAUUCCAUGAUCACGUCCAAAAAGAUUUCCAUCACAUUUGCGAGAAAAAUGGCUACAAUUGUUGCUCAAGGAAUUCCAGCCGGUCUUUUCCUGCUCAUGGGCAAUAUGGGGUGUAACGCGAAAGCAGAGGUGGCCGUGUUAACCCUCGCAUCAAUGAUUUCUGGCAGCGCUUCGUCAGGAACGCUCGUCAACAGUGUUGAUCUUGCACCCAACUUCUCAGGAUCGCUUUUGGGACUGAUCAGCAUCAUUGGUAUGAGCAGCGGAUUUGUGGUGCCAUUGGUUGUUGGCUUCAUAAUCAAAGACAAUCAAACUUUGGCGCAGUGGAGGUACGUGUUCAUCAUUUCUGCUGUUCUUGGGCUGUUCACGAUGGUCGUGUUCACCGUGUUUGGCAGCGGGGAAGUGCAGUUGUGGAAUGAGCCAGACUUACUUAAGCCAAAAAAGGGGAAAAAUAGAAAGAUCGUCAAGGGUGACUCUGAGGCACCCGACUCCACAGAACCUCUCAGGAAAUAAUUAUAGCCUGCAUGCGAACUUGUUAGUGUGUGUUGUUUGCUUGUUGAACGAUAGAAUAAUAUUUUUUAAUUGAUAAUUA